AUGGCCUCUGCGGGGUCUCAAGUGUCUGAGCUUGCCUCUAAGCUUUAUGAUGCAUGUGUGAAUGAAUUCGCGCGCGACCAUCUGUUCUACCAGAAUGACUUUCUCAAUCUCAAAGUCAUUCCGAAGAAUGACGUCUCCCUCCUGCUCGAAUGCACCCAGAGUCUAGUCAAUCAAAAUCUUUUCCGACUCCUCCAGAAGGACGGCAAACUGACAUGGAAGCUCAUUGACCGUGAGGAUGCUGAGAAGCUCCGCAACCUCACCCCGGACGAGGCGAUGGUCUACAAUGUGAUUCAUUCGACAGAACGCACAGGUAUCUGGGUGCGACACAUUGGCAACCGCACGAAUCUGCACAAAUCCAUCCUCGACCGCUGCCUGAAGUCCCUGGAAGGCAAAAACUAUAUCAAAUCCCUCCACAAUGUGAAGUAUCCCAGUCGAAAGAUGUACAUGCUGGCCGGGCUCGCUCCGAGCGAAGAAGUCACCGGAGGAGCCUGGUUCACAGACGGCGUGCUGGACGCCACCUUCAUUGGCACUAUUGCCACAUUUAUCGAGUUCAAAGUGGCCGAGUUGAGCUGGUACAAAGUCCCCGCCGCGGAGCGCAAAAACAAGCGCAUCAAAACUGCCUCCGGCAAGGCAGACGUCAAGUCCUCCGAGAAAAACUACCUCCCGUACCCCUACGGCUACACCGGGUACCCGAACGUGGCAGUCAUUUCUCAGCAGCUCCACGAAAGCAACCUCACCCCCGUCCACCUCAGCGAUGAGAGCCUCAUUCAAUUGCUCGAUACGCUCUGCUAUGACAACAAGAUCGUCGCAUUGAACAACGGAGAGUGUUACCGAGCACUCAGAAACCCGGACGCUAUCAAGGCGGAGCGCGAACGCAAGAAACUAGAGGAAAUGGAUUCUUCCGAAGCAAACAAGCAGAUUGUCAAGAACGGCAUGACGGAGGCGCCCUGCGGUUCGUGCCCGGUGUUCCGGCUGUGCUCGCCUGGUAGUGCAGUGAGUCCCGAGACCUGCGAGUACUUUGACCCGUGGCUGAACAAUGCUCUGGACUUCUGA